AUGGAGACCGAAAAGCCAAGAAAUGAGAGCUUCUCGCUCGCGGGUACCUUUCCUCACAAAGUGAGAUGGGGUGCAAAGAAGCCUAAGCAGAGUCAACAGCCGCAAAAUUUACCCGCUCCGGAGAAGGGCGAGGCCGAAGCUGCACCACAGGUUCCCGCAGCUGAGCAACAAGGACGUGAGUCGGCUGAGCACAAGCGGAAUCCGAAAAAAGGAAAACGAGAUCCUCGCGAUCCGAGACCAGAUGCUUUCGAUCCCGAAACGAGUACCCUGGAGAAGAUCAAAGAACAACCAACCGACGAAGACGACGACGAUCCCCAGUCCAUUGAAAAGUCUGAAUCCUACCAACCCUGGAUCCAAGAACGCACCGUCUCUCAUUUCGACUCCAAAGGCCAACGCCGCGGCACCCUCGCCAACGAAGCCAUAGCUGCCGACCUCGACCCCAAAGACCGUCCCUUCAACCACUGGGCCCUCGUCCGUCUACACCUUCAACGACCACUCGCAGAAUGGCUCGGCACAACCGUCUUCAUCUUCCUCGCCGUCUCCGUAAACCUCAACAUCAUAACAUCCGAAAACGCGACCGGUGACAUGCAAUCCACCUACUGGACCACAGGCUUCGCCGUCAUGAUCGCCAUCUACAUCGCCGGUGGCGGCUCCGGCGCUUUUCUCAACCCAGCUCUCACCAUAAUGCUCACCAUUUUCCGCGGGUUCCCAGCGCGGCGAGUCCCUGUGUACAUCCUCGUCCAACUCCUUGGCGCUUUCACAGGCGCGAUAUUAGCUUUUGCGAUUUACAGAGACGACAUCAUGCAUCUGGACGGAGCUCUCAUCGCGGAAUCCACGGGUAAAGCUUUUUACACGCAACCGAAAGACUGGAUAUCGAAUUCUACAGCUUUUUUCACAGAAAUGCUGGGAACGGCAGUUUUCGGUUGUGCGAUUAUGGCGUUGGGUGAUAGUCAUAAUUCUCCUCCUGGAGCGGGUAUGCAUGCCUUUAUUAUUGGGCUUUUGUCGACUACUGUAUCAAUGGCGCUCGCGUUCAGCACAGGAGGCUGUUUCAAUCCUGCGCGGGAUUUUGGGCCACGGUUGGCGGCGAUUACAGUCGGAUACUCAACUGACAUUUUCGCUGCGAGGCAACAUUGGUGGCUUUGGGGUCCUUGGGGAGCGACGAUUACAGGGGCGCUGUUGGGAGGUUUGGUGUAUGAUUUGUGUGUUUUUAAGGGUGGAGAGAGUCCCGUGAAUUAUAGUUUUGGGAGGUGGCAGAUUGAGACGCUGAAGCAGGAGGCUGGGUUGGCGCAUGCUUUGGGCUUGCAUGGGAAGACGAGGGAUAUUGAGAGGAAGUUGGAGAGUGGGGAGAUUUCUGAUGAGCCGAAGCUGUGA